UUAAACUCUCUGCCAUCCUGUGGCCAAACCUGCUUCAACAACAUGCUGGGUCAAUACUCAGCACUAGGAUGCGCAAAGCCUGUGGCAACAUGUCUUUGUGCCAAUGUCAACUUCGAAUAUGGCAUUCGAGACUGCUCAAAUAGUGCCUGUGGAACGGCAGUUGCAAGUGCUUGGAUUGCUUAUGGGAGUGCGUAUUGU